AUGGGACAACAUUCCGUCACUGGAGACGACGCCCGUCUGGCGGCUCUCGGGAUUCAACAAGAGCUGAAGCGGAACUUCUCGCCGUUGAGCAUGCUUGGAUUGGCGUUCGCUAUCUUGAACUCCUGGACUGCUCUAUCGACAUCCUUGUCUCUGGCUCUUCCAUCUGGAGGACCGUCGGCUGUAAUCUGGGGUCUGAUCACGGCGGGUGUAUUCAACCUCUGUCUGGCUACCAGCCUGGCGGAGUUCUUGAGUGCGUUUCCUUCAGCGGGCGGACAGUAUCACUGGGUCCACAUCAUUGCCUGGGAUUCUUGGAAACCGCUGCUCUCUUGGAUCACAGCUUGGAUCAAUACGUUUGGGUGGAUGAGUCUCGUGGCCACAGGAGGCCUUCUAGGAAGCCAGAUCGUCAUCGGAAUCAUCUUCCUCUUCAAUACCGACUACGAACCCCAAAGGUGGCAUCAAUUCUUCAUCUACACCGCAUACACCGUCGUAGCUUUGCUGGUGAACGUUUUCGGCAAUCGAAUUUUACCUCACGUCAACAAAGCAGCCAUCUUUUGGACGCUCUCGGGAUUCGUCGUCAUCUCCAUCACCCUCUUAGCAUGCGCUUCUCCAAAUUACAGCUCCGGACAAUUCGUCUACCGAGAAUUUCUGAAUGAGACCGGCUGGCCCGAUGGUUUGGCUUGGAUGCUGGGCUUGCUACAAGGCUCCCUCGCUUUGACUGGCUUCGAUGCCGUCGCCCACAUGAUCGAGGAGAUCCCCAAUGCCGUGAUCGAAGGACCAAAGAUUAUGAUCUACUGUGUGCUCAUCGGCCUCGGAACUGGAUUCGUCUUCUUAUCUGUGCUUCUCUUCGUCGCGGGAGACAUUACCGAAGUCAUCGCCUCGACGGCUGGCCCACUGAACCAGAUCCUUUUCAAUGCGACGAAUAGCCUGGCCGGGACAGUAUGCCUGCUCAUCAUCCCAUCCAUCUGCCUGCUUUUCGCCACGAUUUCGAUCAUGACCACGUCCAGCCGGAUGACAUAUGCCUUUGCCCGCGACGGCGGUCUCCCCUUCUCCCGCUACUUUGCCCGCGUCCAUCCCACCCUCGACGUACCCCUCUACGCCCUAGGCCUCACCUUCGCCGUCGUAAUGGUCUUCGGCUGCAUCUUCCUCGGCUCCAGCAGCGCCUUCAACGCCAUCGUCAGCGCCUCCGUCGUCUCCCUCGGCGUCUCCUACGGCAUCCCUAUCGCCAUCAACUGUCUCCGCGGCCGGCGCAUGCUGCCUCCCACCCGCGCGUUCAUUCUCCCCGAAUGGUUCGCCUGGACGAUCAAUAUUCUCGGUGUGGCGUAUGUGAUCGUCACAACGGUACUGUUCGUGUUCCCGCCUGCUCUACCGGUGACAGGGUCGAACAUGAAUUAUUGUAUCGUGGCCUUUGCGAUUGUGUGUCUCAUUUCAAUCGUGCAGUGGUUUGUGGAUGGGAGGAAGAACUAUCGUGGGCCGAAAGUGGAUCUGGAUGAGAAUGUUCUUGUGGCGGUACAGACGCCCGAGUAUAUGCGACAGAUCAGCGGUGGGGAGGAAACGGAUCUGGCGGAUAGUAAGAAAGUCUGA